CUUCUCCUGUAGAUAUGUUAAUACGAUUCAAGUGCUCUGUCAUUACCAGAUGAGAUUUGGUAACGUUGAAGACGGAGGAAAAGAAAUAUGCCUAGAUGAAUUGUAUAUACCAAAGCAACAUUGUCUCGUCUAUUCUUUUGGAUCAAAUUUCAGGUUUGAUUUUGAAGAAGCAGUUAUUAGACACAUCAACUGUGAAAUUCACACAUUUGAUCCAAGUAAACCAAUACAAGGGAGGACCAUUCCAAGUGGGAUAAACUUUCACCUUUUAGGACUAGCUGGUGAAAACAGUAUUAACAGUAAAGGUUGGGAAAUGAAGACAUUAUCUACCCUGAAGAAAUUACUAAACCAUACUGAGAGAGUUAUUGAUAUACUGAAAAUUGAUAUAGAAAGUGGAGAAUGGACAGCAUUACCAGAAAUGCUUGAAUCAGGAGUACUUGAAAGAGUAAAACAACUAAGUAUUGAAAUACACUAUGAUAAAGCACGGGGCAAUCAUCAACUGAAGACUCUGAGAAAAUUAUAUGAAGCGGGAUUCCGUAUAUUUAUGCAUGAACAUAAUCCAAAAGGCACACGACAUUUACGAGAACCAUUUUUGGUAAUGGCAAACUUCAAUGAAAUAUCAAUGAUUAAUAUCAAAUGGAGUAAUUGAUAAAAAUAAUGCUAAUACAUAUUUGAUAUCA